GGUGGAAACUGGUGGAGACUAACUGAAAAACAGAAGUGGAAAACAGUUCUGUUUAAAUUUAAAUCAUGGCUCACAAGCCCGCUCGCCCAUAAGCAGUGAUAGAGACAUUGCUGUGAUUGCCUGUGAUGUCACUCGCGCAUGCUUUUAGACGCCUAAUUAUAAAAAAUCCCACGAUGUGCCCAUCACUGGUCCGUGGGCUUGACAUUUCAGUAUUGUAAGUUGUUUAGGUUAAUUUACAGUGCACAGUUAAAAAUAUUACAUAACUUAUUUGAAAUACAUAUUCUACGUAUGGACGAUUGAAACAAUGCCGGAACGAACUGAAAUUAAUAUCAUUCCUGAUAAUUUAAGACAUGAAGAAACUAUCGUCCAAAUUGCAGAGGCUCUUGAUAAUUUAGGUUCUGCUGUUAAUUAUAUAUUUGAGUCCAUUGAUAAGAGGCUUUUCGAAAAUGGUCAAAGAUUAUCUAACGUUAAAAACAGAGCUACAAAAGUACAGAAUCAAUUGAAAUAUUUGCAAACCAAUUUGAACUUGAAGGCUGUAAAGAUGUAUUCUGCUGCGAGAUACCCAGCUAGUCACACGUAUAAGGAAUACCAAAUGGCUAUACCACCACAGUCUGAUGACGUUAACAAAAUACCUAAGGUUUAUAAAUGUUCUGUACCUAUACAAGACGUCCCAGAAACGUAUUUGUCUUCCAACUGCAAGACAGAAGAUGGUCAGUACGUUGUAAACAACAAUUUGCAAGAGAAACUGCAGUUUUAUCACGUUCGAUCGAAAUUGAAUAAAGAGACGUACGCUGGGAAUAGCGAUGCGCCGUUUCCUCUUCAUUUGUCUUCUAUCAAUGCAAUAUUGUUCAAGAGUAUGGAUAAUCCGUACACGAUGCCUUCACAUUCCAUGAAACAAACGUCCCACAAGUUAAACGACAAAGAACAGAUAGAAGACGCGCCAGAUUCAAUAGUACAACCGUGGUUAUCGUCAGAAAUUGACCCGUCUAGUAGUUACUUUUACACACCAACUUUAGGAGAGGUACCACAGAUAAAUGUACCGCCAACGCUUCCCGAUUUACCCGGGAUCGUAGAUGACGAGAAAUUUAUACUGGAUCUCAAUUCUCAAAGUCCCAUCGCGCCUUCUUCAGCAGUGACGACGCCUACUGUCCGGCUCGAUCUUCCAACCCCGACGUCAACAACGGACGAGAAGGAUGCCGGAGCGAAGCCCGAGCAAACCAUUCCGAAUCUACCUGGAUUCGUAGACGAUUUCCCAAAAGAUUCCACUGAACCCGCCCCUCCGCCUCCUCCUCCACCUCCGCCGAUCUUGCCUAACACGGUGACGAACCCAGCAUCUACAAGUCCCACGACUGAAUCGUUAGCUCCAUCCUCUGUAGUUCCUUCGAUGCCACCACCGCCACCUCCGCCGCCUCCGCCUCCACCGCCCCCAGCUCCGCCCGAGGCUAAUGCAGAAACGAAAACCGCGAAAACAAAGAAACCUAUCGUCGAUCCAAGGAAAAUGGCUCAGGUGGACGAUCGGUCGACCUUAAUGGAAGCGAUUCGUAACGCCGGCGGUGUAGGGAGAGCAAAGCUGCGGCGCACGGUACUGACGGAUGAAAAAGGGAACCGUUGGUCCUCUGCGUCCGUUGGAGGAGAUUUAAUGGCCGAUUUGCACGCGAAAUUGGCGCUCCGUAGAAAGGGAAUCGCCGGAUCUAGCGGUAGCGCUUUGGAGAGGAUGUCCAGUUUGAUUCCUCCACCACCUAAACCGAGCGAAGCCACAGCAUCGGAUAGAAACUCGGCCACCAGCGAUUCUCAACCGGAUACCGACGAUUGGGACGAAUAACACUGCUUAACGGUGUUGUACAAGUACAACCUUUAUUCCCAGUCUUAUUGCUGUUUCUUUUUGUUAUUGUUUUUUAUUAUAUAACUAUUUACACGUAUAACUGAAUUCUGCUUAACAUCUCAACAGUAAUUAUUUAUAUAUUAAGUUUUGUUACAUUUUUCAAAUUCUUCCAUGAUUACCGUUAAUUAGGAGUGCAAUUUUCAUAAGUACUAACUUACAGAAUAAUUUUGUCAAAUUCUAAUCACUUACCAUCAAUCUCUGAAAAGAAGUACGUCGGAAAUAUUCAUGAGAUUAUUAGCAUAAGGAAGAUUAUUUCAAUUGUGUAAUACCUUAAGAAAUAGCCUUUCAAUGACUUACAAUAUAUAAAUGUAUAUAUUCAUUUACAUCUAUACAUACAAACACGAAAACACUAGUAAAAGAAUAAUAAAUACUUUAAUUAUACUAAA